CUAGAUCAAAUCUCAAAGUCCUCCAGGGAAGAAAAACAAUUAACAAGGCCUUUUAGAGAUAAAUUUUUCUUAUAUUUCUUUCAUUAUUAGUAGCUAAAAUGGAUAGAGUAAGAGAGUUGGCAUCAAAGAAGGCAGCAGUUAUAUUCACCAAGAGUUCAUGUUACAUGUGCCACAGCAUCACGCAACUGUUCUAUGAGCUUGGAGCAAGCCCUGCAGUGCAUGAGCUAGACAAAGAUGGCUAUGGGAGGGAAAUGGAGUGGGCUUUGAGGAGCAUGGGGUGCAACCCUUCAGUGCCAGCAGUGUUCAUUGGUGGAAAAUUUGUGGGGUCUUCAAAGGAUGUCAUAUCCCUCCAUGUUGAUGGCUCUCUCAAACAAAUGCUCAUGGCUGCAAAGGCCAUAUGGUUCUAGCUAGUACUCAUCCACACUCCAAUAAUAUAAUAUAAGAAGCUGCUAGCUCCUUAAGAUAUAUAUGAAGGAGCAUCUUUUAUAUAUAUAUAUAUAUACAAUGUUUUAAGUCAAGGGACACCCCUUCUUUUUCUUGAGUGUCCUCUUUAGCUUAUGUAUCAAAGAGGAAUUCUGUAUAAAAAAAAAAUGCAGUCUUGCUUUUUUGGUAUGUAUUUUAUAUAUAAAAGGGUGGCUAGCUUACUAUAUAUAUAGCUAAUGCCUACAAUGUUAUGAAACUUGAUCAUCAUGUGGGAGAAAAUUAACUGCUCCUACUUUGGUUAAUGCAACUUUGAACUUUCUGGCCUUUAUCUUUA